GCUCAUCCGGUCUGAUCCCUGCAGGUCCCAGCCGGCAGCUGACGGAGGGUCCGGGCCCCGCGGAGGGCCCUGUGCCGGGCCACCAUGGGCAAGAAGAGCAAGCUGGGCAAGAGCCGGCGGGACAAGUUCUACCACCUGGCCAAGGAGACGGGCUUUCGGUCCCGCUCCUCCUUCAAGCUUCUCCAGCUCAAUAGGAAGUUCCAGUUCCUGCAGAAGGCCCGGGUGCUGCUGGACCUGUGCGCGGCCCCCGGCGGGUGGCUGCAGGUGGCUUCCAAAUUCAUGCCGGUUUCCAGCUUGAUCAUUGGGGUGGACUUGGUCCCCAUCAAGCCCAUUCCCAACGUGGUGACGCUGCAGGAGGACAUCACCACUGAGAAGUGCCGCCAGGCCCUGCGCAAGGAGCUGCAGACAUGGAAGGUGGAUGUGGUGCUGAACGAUGGAGCACCCAACGUGGGAGCCAGCUGGGUGCACGAUGCCUAUUCCCAAGCCAACCUGACCCUCAUGGCCUUGCGACUGGCCUGUGAUUUCCUCUGCAAGGGUGGCUGGUUCAUCACCAAGGUUUUCCGUUCCCGGGACUACCAGCCCCUCCUCUGGAUCUUCCAGCAGUUCUUCAGCAAGGUCCAGGCCACCAAGCCCCAAGCAUCCCGCAAUGAGUCUGCUGAGAUCUUCGUGGUGUGUCAGGGUUAUCAGGCUCCAGACAAAAUCGACAGCAAGUUCUUUGACCCAAAAUAUGCUUUCAAGGAGGUGGAGGUUCAGACUAAGUCCGUUAGUGAGUUGGUCAGCAAGAAGAAGCCAAAGGCAGAAGGCUAUGCAGAUGGUGACAUGACCCUCUACCACCGCUUCACCCUCAUGGACUUCCUCAAGGCUCCCAACCCCGUGGACUUCCUCUCCAAGGCCAAUGAGAUCACACUGGGGGAUGGUGAGCUGGAGAAUCACAGCUCCACCACGGAGGAGCUGCGGCAGUGCUGCAAGGACAUCCGCGUGCUGGGAAGGAAAGAGCUCAGAGCUCUGCUGAACUGGAGGACAAAGUUGCGGAGGUUUUUGGCCAAAAAGCUGAAGGAGCAGGCAAAGGAGCUGGAUAUCAACCUGAGCUCCGGGGAAGAGGAGGAAGGCAAAGAGGAGGAGAGGAAGGAGAAGAAGACAUCGCCAGGAGCUGCAGCUGAUGAAGUGGCAAAAGAGGAAGAGGAGGAAGUAGAGCUGGCAUUGGCAGAGAUGAAGGCCAAGGAGCUGGCGGAAUUAAAGAGAAAGAAGAAGAAGAUCCUGAAGGAACAGCGGAAGCAGCGUGAGCGUGUGGAGCUGAAGAUGGACCUCCCUGGUGUCUCCAUUGCUGAUGAUGGUGACACCAGCAUGUUCUCCCUCCGCACUAUCCACAGGACCCCGCUGCUGAACGAGGUGACCCGGGGGGACAUGGCAUCAGCAGAUGCCCUCCUGGAGAUAGGAGCUGGGGACGAUGACAUUUAUGUCUCGGAUCAAGAAGGAGAGGAUGAUGUGUCCCUGGCCAGUGACCUGGACCCAGAGGAGCUGGUUGAGAUAGAGGCCCGGCAGCGCCGGCUGGAGCGGGAGAGGCGAGAGCAGGGUGCAAAGAGGGUGAAGUUUAGGCAGAAGGAGAAUGAGGAGGAAGAGGAGGAACAGGAGAAUCCCCUGCUGGUACCCCUGGAGGAGAAGUCGGUGCUGGAGGAGCGACAGACCAGCCUGUGGUUUGGGAAGGAUGCCUUUGCUGGCAUUGAAGAUGAUGCAGAUGAGGAGCUGGAGCUGGGGCAGUCGCAGAUGUUGGCUGAGAAACAGCGCGAGUCUCAGAAAGACAAAGCAACAAAGAAGGAGCAGAAGAAGAAGAUGCCCCAGGAGGAAGUUCCAGCUGAGCCCCCACCUGCCACAGACACAGGACCUGACACUGGUAAAGUGCAGGAUGAGCAGAGCAGUGAUGAUGACAGCAGCAGCAGCGAUGAGGAGAGGCCACCAACACCAGUGGGGAGGAAACGGGGCCGUAUUGAGCCAUGUGGCUUUGAGGUGGUGCCCAUCGAGAACCCAUUGAAAAGAGCCCGUGUCCUGGAUGCUGAGGGCUUGGCCCUUGGCUCUGUCAUCGCCACCUCCAAGAAGGCCAAGCGGGACUUGAUUGAUGAUUCCUUCAACAGGUACUCCUUCAACGAGGAUGAGGGCGAGCUGCCGACAUGGUUCACAGAGGAGGAGCAGCAGCACCGGCGCCGCCAGAUCCCCGUGGACCGGCAGACGGUCGAGGCCUAUCGGCAGCGCUGGCGCGAGAUCAACGCCCGCCCCAUCAAGAAGGUGGCAGAGGCCAAAGCCCGCAAGAAGCGGCGGAUGCUGAAGAAGAUGGAGCAGAUGAAGAAGAAAGCAGAGGCUGUGGUGAGCACAGUGGAUAUCUCGGAGCGGGAGAAGGUGGCUCAGCUGCGGCGCAUCUACAAGAAGGCUGGGCUGGCCAAGGAGAAGCGGCAGGUCACCUACCUGGUGGCUAAGAAAGGUGUAGGACCCCGCGUGCGCCGUCCUCCUGGGGUCAAGGGCCAGUUCAAGGUUGUUGACAGCCGCCUGAAGAAGGAUGUGAGGGCUCAGAAGCGCAAAGAGCAGAAGAAGAAACGCCAUAAAUGACGUGGGACCAGCUCCAUCCACAGGGAGGGACUCGGCUUGGGAGCAGCCGGCUCAUCCUGGCACUCUGCCCCAUCCUGGGGACAGGACUGUGACAGCCACACGUUGCUAUUCAUUGGUGCCUUGAUGUGA